AACAAUCAUGGCCACCAAGGCCUCCUUUUUGAUCCUUGGACUCCUCUGCCUGGCUAGAGCUAAUCCCCUGUGCCCUGGAUCCACGGCGGUAUACGAAACUCCUGCAGCCACCACCGUCUGCGAAACUACGCCAAGCAUCAGCGUAGGAGGCCUGGGAGGUCUAGGAGGUCUGGGCGGCCUCGGCGGAAUAUGGGGAUCUUGCGGACGCGGACUCGGCUUUGGUGGUCUUGGAGCCACCACUGUUUGCGAAUCGACACCGAAUGGCAUAGGUGUAGGAUAUGGAGGCUUGGGAGGAGUUGGCGGUACAACGGUCUGUGAGACCACCACACCUAGUAUUGGAAUAGGAGUAGCGCCUGGUUAUGGAGGUGUUGGCAUGGGUGGUACUACAAUAUAUGAAACUACACCGAGUAUGAGCUUUGGGUACGGGUAUAAUCCGUAUGGUGUAAGUGGUGUCGGUGUAGGAGGUACUACGAUCUGUGAGACUGUACCUAAUAUAGGCUCUGUGGGGAUUGGUGGUACAACGGUCUGUGAGACUACAACACCUAGCCUAGGAUUUGGAGUAGGUUAUGGGGGCGUAGGUGGGAUUGGUGGUACUACCGUCUGUGAAACCAUCCCAAACGUAGGCUAUGGAAUGGGCUACGGUAUGGGUGGGAUUGGUAUGGGUGGGAUUGGUGGUACCACUGUCUAUGAAACCAUCCCGAACGUAGGCUAUGGUAUGGGCUACGGCAUGGGUGGUCUAGGUAUGGGUGGGAUUGGUGGCAGCACAGUCCCGAGCUACGGAAUGGGCUACGGAAUGGGCUACGGUAUGGGUGGUCUAGGUAUGGGUGGUCUAGGUAUGGGUGGUAUAGGUAUGGGUGGCAUUGGUGGUACCACCCUCUAUGAAACGAUACCGAGCUACGGAAUGGGCUACGGUAUGGGUGGUCUAGGUAUGGGUGGUCUAGGUAUGGGUGGGCUUGGUGGUACCACAGUCUGUGAAACCAUACCUAGCUACGGAAUGGGCUACGGUAUGGGUGGUCUAGGUAUGGGUGGUAUAGGUAUGGGUGGGAUUGGUGGUACCACCGUCUGUGAAACCAUACCGAGCUUCGGAAUGGGCUACGCGGUUAUUGUGACGGCCACCUAA